AUUUUGCAUGAUUUUAUGACAUUGAAAUUAUAAUUCGGGGCAGACUUCCGAUUGCAUCGGGGUCAAACGUUCACGUUGGGCUGAUAUCGCAUUGAACUUCGCUCGUUUAAUCGAACAAUCUUCUCAGUUGGGUUUGUGCUAGUUUAAGGAGUGAAAAUGGCCGGGUCUUUGGUGCGGAAAGUGAUAAUGGCGGCCAAGGCCCCUAAACCAGCGGCAGGCUCCCCGUACAACCAAGCGGUGUCUUUCAAUAACAUCGUGUUCUUAUCGGGGGUCCUGGGAGUGGACGAAAAUAUGAAACUGGUGCCUGGAGGCGUCUGCCCUCAAGCUAGACAGGCUUUGACUACAAUUGGACACAUUUUGGAGGAGGCAGGAACCUCCUAUGAGAACAUAAUCAAGAGCACCAUAAUGUUAGAUGAUAUCAACGACUUUUCGGGCGUCAACGAAGUGUACAAGGAGUUUUUCUGCAAGGACUUUCCGGCAAGAUCCACUUUUCAAGUGGGCAAAUUGCCCAUGGGCGCCAGUGUGGAGAUCGAAGUCAUUGCAGCUAUUAUAGACAAGUGUGCCAAGUAGGCGACUUGGCUAUAUUUAUUUACAUGUAGUAAAAAUAUACGUUUUCUGUUCGA